CAAUUUUCUCACACCACCAGCGGUCGUAGUCGGCCUCGUGGCCAUGGCCGAUUGCCCGCCAGGCCGCCCUGACGACCUCGGUUCUUGCUGGCGUGAGUGGCGUCGCGGCAUAUUCCGCCUUCCUCCAGCGGCGGACUCCUCAUUCCUCUAAACUCUGCCCACACAAAAACAGAUAGAAUUGCCGUCACCACCUAUUCUUGGCCAUACCGCGUCCCGCAUCCAACAGCAUCAAGGGGGCAAAAAACCAAAGACGAAGAGGGAAGAAACAAGAAAUCGGGCGAAUCCUUGACGCGUCCCCGCUGGUUCGACGCCAAAUCUCCCGGCGUUCAACUCCCAUUCCCCUACCCUGUUCGUUUUGCCAGCCGAUUCGAUCAGGGCAUUGCACCGGACUAUAGUUUUUUAUUUAAUCGUGGGGGUGAUGGCGGGCCACCUCGUUCUUCUCCUCUUCCACGAGUUUAUGAGGUAGAGGAGGAGGAAGAAAGAUAGAUGGAGAGGGAGCGAAUGGAGGGCAACAAUCUUCUGCAUUUUCUUGAUACCCCAAGCGCCCAUUACAGAAGGACAUGCGAUGGAUUUGAAGCCGAAAAUGGUGGAGAUGAUCACUCUGAUGCAUCAGAUCCGGCUACUGCGAGGGAAAUGUUGGAGUGUCUGUUGAACCAACCAGCAAACAAAUUCUGUGCAGACUGUGGCAUUCCUGAUCCAAAAUGGGCGGCCUUGCCUUUUGGGGCAUUCAUUUGCAUUAAGUGCUCCGGAACACACAGAAGUCUUGGAGUGCACAUAUCAAAGGUGAUUUCGGUGAAUCUGGAUGAGUGGACAGAUGAAGAAGUCAAUUGUUUAGCUGAAUCAGGAGGAAAUUCUGUUGUUAAUGCAAGAUAUGAGGCCUUUUUACCUGAAAAUAAGAAGAUAAAACAAGAGUGUUCAACUGAGGAGCGUAACGAUUUCAUUAGGAAAAAAUACCAGUUUCAACAGUUUGUAUGUGAUCCACAAUUUUCAUGUCCUUUACCACUUCAUAAGAAGAAUGUGCCAGAUAAAAACCAGCAGCACAAUAGCAACAGACAUGGUUUUGGCCAUGCUUUCAGGAAUAGCUGGAGAAAAAAGGAUUCAGAUAACAAAGGACUAAAGAAAAUGUCGGAUGUGGGAAUGAUAGAAUUUGUUGGAUUAGUUAAGGUCAAUAUCGUAAAAGGCACAGAUUUAGCUGUUCGUGAUGUGAUGUCAAGUGAUCCAUAUGUGAUGAUUAUUCUAGGGCACCAGUCCAUGAAAACAAAAGUGAUAAAGAACACACUGAAUCCUAUCUGGAACGAAAGACUAAUGCUUUCGAUCCCUGACCCAAUUCCACCUCUUAAACUGCAAGUAUUUGACAAGGACACAUUCAGCUCCGAUGACCGGAUGGGGGAGGCCGAGGUGGACAUUCGGCCACUGAUCGCAGCAACGAAGGAGCACGAGAACUCAACCAUCACCGAAUUGACAGAGCUCUACAGAUGGUCGGCCAGUGAAGACAGCAACGGUGUGCUUGCCAAGGACAGCGUGAUCUCCAUUGCCAAUGGCAAGGUGAAGCAGGAGAUCACGCUGAAGCUCCAGAACGUCGAGCGCGGAGAGGUCGAGAUCGAGAUAGAGUGCGUACCACUUAGCCAGUAGCAGCUUCAUCAUGCGCAGAGAUGGAAGGAAGAAAAAAAAAAGGGAUGAAACGCAGAAUGCUCCAGUGUUGCGACACGGACACUGCUUGACUAUGCUCAGAGACACCUUCACUUGUGCGUUUGCUCCGUGCCUAUAUUGUAGUGUACAUGUGUGAGAUAUGUUGUAUGGUAGAUAGGCAGAGGGAAGUCAUCAUCUAUAUAACUCUGAUUUUAGGCUUCAUGGUUGGUUUGAAUUGGUUCUCUUCAGGCAUA